AUGGAUGACACUUUCGAUAAAGAGCAGAAAGAAAUCGAUAAAAAAUUAAAAUGGUAUGAAAAUCCUGUACUGCAAGCGAAUAAUUCUUCUUCAGAAAUAAUAAUAAAAUAUUGUACAUGGCUUAGUUCUCUAUGGAAUGGACUUUUAAUCAUUGUACUAGUGCCUAUUAUUGUGAUCACAUCUAUUUUAUUUCUUCUUCUGUGGAUUCUUCCUGGAUUUGGUUCGUUCUAUGAACACUAUGCCGAAGCUCGUGAUCGAAAGAAAUACUAUCCACCUAGAGAAGAAAUGAAACCUUGGGGUCCUGAUAAUACUCUUAUACAUGUAGUACAUCUUUGUGCAUUAGAAUCAAAGCUUCCGCCAAUUGUCUAUGUCAGUGGCUUGGGUACGAGUAUGUAUGUUGUCAAGCCACUGCUUCUCAAAUUUGUCGAAUAUAUGAACGAGUCUAUUGAAAUAAUCUCAUUUGAUUCUCCUGGAUACGGUGCUUCUGAACCGCCUACUGAUUGGAAUACACAAAAUGCAGCAAGUGAACUUUCAUUAUUACAACAAGUAAUUGAAAAUUCGAGAGUUCGCAAACCAUUUAUUCUGUUUGGUGCAUCAGCUGGUGCUUCACUAGCACAACUCUAUCGAUUGACAUAUCCAGAAGAUGUUGCAGGUAUUAUCUUAUUUGAUCCAACUCCAUCCAAUGUAUUCGAACCAGGAAGUCCAAUGGCAACCGAUUUUAAUCGUGCAUUUUCCUUAUAUAGUAAAAUGGCUCGUCUUGCUUCCUGGGGAUUGAUGAGACCACUUGCACCCUUAAUACGUUAUUGUAUAUCGGGCGAAUUUGGUGAUAUUUUUCGUCAUUUACCUCAUAGUCACGUUGCUCUAUUCAUGACAAAAACUGUGUUACUCAAGACUGGAAAUCAUUUUCGCUACUGGCAUACCAUUAUGGAUUAUAUAACACAAUUACAGAACGAUGUUACAAUUCAAAGAAAUACACCUUUGCUAGUUGUUAGUGCACUGAAUUGGACUAAAAAUCGACCACACGGUGGUCUGACUAGAGAAGAAAUGCGUCAAUGGUGGCGUGAUAAUCAACAGCCAUUCGUUCACAGUUCUGAUAAUGCUGGUUUUAUUCCUCGUACAGAUUACACUCAUACUCAGUGUAUGUUGGAUAUGGAACUAGCGGCUAAUGCGACAAAAGCUAUCUUAACACAGAUUUGA